GCUAACCUGCUGAGCUACCUCCUCCUCCUCCGCCUCCGAAGGCAGCUGAACGGGAGCCGCGAAUGAACCCCGCACAUCAAUGCAUCUCCUGGGGGGCCACGAUGGCAACGACAGACACGACGGCGGCAGCUAGCCCCCCUCUCUCGCCACUUAGGAGGAUGCUGAAGCUGUUCGGUGUGCUGGUUAUCCUCGGACUGGCCCUGGCGUGCAUCACCUCCUGGGUGCUGGACAGCUAUGACACGGCUUGGCACCCUAAGCGGAGCGUUCAGCGCCCCACAGCCGGGGAUGGAGAGGAGUCUGCGGGGAGCUCUCCACCAUUUCCCGGCGGCGAGUUGAGCAACAUAUUCUGGUUUAUACAGGUGUCUGACAUUCACAUAAGCCGAUUCCAUGACCCGAGACGCAUUCCAGAUUUUGAAAAGUUCUGCACUGACACAAUUGAAGUGAUCAAACCUGCUCUAGUGCUCGCGACAGGAGAUCUGACAGAUGCCAAAACAGAGAGUAAGGUGGGCUCCCUGCAGCACGAGGUGGAGUGGCAGGCCUACCACAACGUCCUGAAGAGGUCCCGCGUGAUGGAGCGCACGCGGUGGAUAGACAUCCGCGGAAAUCACGAUGCCUUCAAUAUUAUGUCACUGGACAGCACCAACAACUAUUACCGGAAAUACUCGGCCAAUCAGAAAGUUGGCUCCUUCCACUACGUUCACAAAACUCCCUUCGGCAACUACUCCUUUGUCUGCGCCGACGCCACUCUGACUCCAGGACCCAAGAGGCCAUACAAUUUCUUUGGUAUUUUAAACCAGACUCAAAUGGACUUGCUGGACACGUUCAGAGUUGAGAGUCUGAAAAGCAACCAGUCGAUCUGGUUUGGCCACUACACCACCUCCACCGUUGUUUCCCCUUCUCCAGGAGUUCGUGACCUGAUGAGAUCUGCAGUUGCGUAUCUGUGUGGCCACCUGCACACACUGGGCGGCCUGAUGCCCGUCCUCCACAGCCGGCAUCCUCAAGGUACUCUGGAGCUUGAACUGGGCGACUGGAUGGAUAAUCGCAGGUACAGGGUUCUGGCUUUUGACCACGACCUGCUGAGUUUCUCUGACCUGAGGUUCGAGCAGUGGCCCGCGGUGCUCAUCACCAACCCCAAGGACGCGCAGUACCUGCACCCGGGAGUGGAGCCGCUUGGCCGUAUACGGAGGUCCACACACAUCAGGAUCUUGGCCUUCUCAGAGGCACCAAUCACAGCAGUGCACGUUAGCGUGGACGGGGAGCCUCUGGGGAAAUGCGACUCUGCUGGAGGUCCUCUUUACGUUCUGCUGUGGGAUCCAUCUCUCUACCUCACUGGACUGCACACCAUCAGAGUAAAAGUGGAGGACGCGGCAGGCCGGUCGUCGGUGCGGGAGCAACACUUUACUCUGGAGGACGACCUGACUCCCAGCUUCAGUUUUGUGCAGUCCUUCAUCCUCCUCACAGACCACUACGUCCUGGCCCGAGUGGCCUUCAUCUUGACCAUGCUGCUGAAUGUCGGCGUGCUGCUGGCCUUCAGGUUCCUGAGUGUUCCCUCAAGAAGAGGCUUUUAUUCUCAAGCGUGCAUGUCACUCCAUCAUGUCAGUACAAUGGACACCUUCUUCUACUCUCUGCUGCUGUUCAACCUGUGCACAGCCUUAGGUCCGUGGUUUAUAGGAGAGCUGAUUGAUGGUCAUAGUGGGGCCUGCUUCGCCUUCGGGGUGUUCAUCGAUGGACAUUUUCUGGAGGGCAGCCUCACUUAUGUCAUUGGGGUUGUUCAGAUGCUGUUCUUCAACAUGCCCCUCACCGCUUACCUGUGCUGGAGCCUCCACCACCGUUGCCGCGGCAACACCUUUCGAUCCCACUUCCUGCGGCCGGGCUGCCGCUGGCGGACUCUGGCUGUGCACGUCUUCAUGCUGCUGCUGCUCACCUGGCAGGCCCACUCUUGCUACUUCCUCCUGGAGACCUACGGCUCCGUGGCCUUUUUCCUGUCUCCGGUCCGCACGUGGGCGCUCGCCCUCAGCCUGAUAUUGGUCUACCGCGCUUGGACAGGCCCCGCCCCUCUUCUCCGGGAACACAGCAAGAGCGUCUCUCCCUCUUGACAGUAAUUGCACUGUACCACCACAACCACUUCCACGAUUUUCCCCACUGAGCCUGACUCGCAGAUCUAUUUUGCUGUCUCUAUCCAUCCCUGGACACCUCAGUUCCCUUCCUUUCUUUCUACUCACCUUCCAAAUCCACCUCACAGAACAUCGGUCACUCUCCUGUUUCUAGAUAGUAUUGUUUACUUAAUAUGCAUGUUAUUGUAAAGCACUGGUGAGCACAUUUCUGGCCAUAUUCAUAGCAAUGUGUACAGUGUAAGAAAAAAACUUUGGGAGACAUAAGGGUAACAAGCUGAAUUGAGCAAUGUGAGGACUGUUGAAUGUGUGCUGCAGUCGACAGUGCACCGAGUAAGAGCUGCGGUAUGCUGUAUGCUGAGUCAUUUACUUGAGCUUUAGCACUUUUUGGAAGUGUUGCCUUGGCUGAUAGCCACUCCACCACUGCCAAAUGAUGAAUAAGAAAGAUUUUACCUUUUAUUCCUCCCUCUGAAAAUCAUCGUCAUUCACUAAGAUGGCUGGACGUGCCAAACCCAUCCUCCUGUUUCCUGUUUACUCUCCGGUAUACAAUUCAUGUGAAUAAUAAUAAGGAAGUGCGUAUGCCUCGUUUUGUAUACUGUGAGCUGUUCCUCAGUUCAAAACUUGACAGAGUGCAGUAGUACCAGUCUCUUUUGGUGAGGAUGACACGUGUAAUACAGCCUAUGAUGUUCAUUAUUUCAAGUUUAUCCUCCACAUAAUUACAGGAAAUCGACAGAAGGGAAAAAAAAAUCAAUUGUGUACUGUAGUUAAACGAUUUAAAGUGUUUUUAAGUUAUUACAUUGCACAUGACUGCCACUUAAAAAAAAAAACCUCUCGUAUUUUGCAUUGGAUAGUCAUAUCAAAUACUUCAAUGCUAUUUUACAAACACUCACAAUAAUAGAGCUAGCCGGCCCAAGUGUACGUGCUCCUUCAGACGUGAAUACAGAAAGCAGCUGUUUGUUUCUCAGGAAUGUGAGCACUCGAACAACACGCUGGUCCCAGAAGUAUUUCAGGACAAUGUUUUUAUACUCCACAGUAGCUCAGUGAACUCAAACAUCAUGUAUAAACAAUCGAGAUGUGUUAUGGCGGGGAAGAAAAAAAAAAAACGAAUGUGUUCCAAGAUGUGGUGAAAUGGGAUGAAAAGUAAUAUACGAUUGUUGUUUUUUUAUUUAUUGAUUCAGAUUGUAUUGAGUGGUUUCUUUUUCUUUCUUUUUUUUUUCUCCCCCCACUUAAAUGUUAUAUUAUAUCUGCACUGGAAAUGCCCGCCUCUCGGGGACAUGGCGAAGAUGGUAAAAGAGCAUUCCCAGCUUUGUGUUUGUGUGAAGACACGUUUGUCUGUGUUGCCUCAGAAUGAUGAUUCCUUAAUUUGUGUGAAGGUGGGAGAGCAGGUAACUGUCUGUCAAAGAGUGUUUUGCUCUUUUUAAUGAAAUCCUUUCCAGUCUGUAGUAGGUGUUGGAUUCCGCAAGAACAAAGCGAUCUCAUUAAAAAAAAAAAAAAAAAAAGACAACCAGGGUGAAGACCACAUUUAUCAAGGCUUUUAAUAGAAGCAAUGUUCCACUAAAGUUUUUUUUUUUUCUCAAAGCAUACCCUGUGUGAGUGAAGAAUAAUUGCUUAGCGCUGUGAUAAGACACAGUUUAAUAUUAGAACAGCUGAGAAAAUUCAAUUAUGUGCACUGACGCUGGCAAUGGUUCAAUAACCGCCCCUCUCUCUUUUCAUAGACAACUCUUUUUUUUUAAUGGGAGCUUAACCAAGUGUAUAAUUCCACCAUAAAGACAGAUACUUCAAACUGAUGGGUUUUAAUGAUGAUGCUCUUACAAGCUAUGUCCACAAGGAGUCAGUAUUGAUUUGACUGGGAGGGCAAUAGAGACGACUGCAUUAUAUUUACAUCUCCAAAUGAUCAAAUUCUGCAUGUUUUUUUUUUCUUUUCUUUUUUUUUACAGAAACGCACCAAACAUUUGUCUUGAGGAGACUGUUUUGAUAGUUCAUUGGUGCUCAUGGAUUUUGUUUCAUCAUUAUUCUGGUUGUGAUUGUUUUGUAUUGUACACUCAUUUGGCUAUUCACAAGAAGAAGAAAAACACAGACAUCCAGUCCAACACAAGUACCAUCAUGAAGGAAUAUACCAGUAGUGAUGAAGUGGUGUUCACUUGACUUAUUCUGCAUCUCUUCCUAUGUUCAAACACUAAAGUAUAUGAAUGAAUUGAAGAUGAUUUUACACCUGCCACAUAUUUUUCUCGUGACAACUGAAAUCAGAGCCAACCACUAUUUUAUUUUAUCAAUGGUUUAUAGUGCUGUGGAAUAAAAUGUUCAUUACAGUAUAGGCUAUCCUA